GCUGAUUUCCUCAAGGAUACUUGGCAACUCUGGUCCGGGGCAUGCGAGUUGGUGCUACCUCCGAUCCAAGACUUAAUUUAAUUCGUUACUUCCUCCCGUGAUAACCGGUGGUACUCCGCUCUGCUGGCGCGUCUUUCAAAUCCCACUAUCAACCGAGAGUACGCGAAAAUACGCGUUCUCCUCCAGAUUCCUUUCCUCUAAUCCCUUUUGCUUCCCAUCCGGCAAUCGCGCGCGAGGACUCUGCAGGUGGCAGACGCGUUCGCAUCCCGUGACCUAACCAAAAUCCCAGCGAUUGUGCAAUCGAAAGGGUGCUCUCAUCACCACAUAUACAUAGCUUCCCAUUAUAGACCAUAACACCCAAGAUGAUGAUCUGGGUGCCAGCUUUAAUAUUCCUCUCCGCCUGCCUGCUGCCGCGUUCCAAUGGAACACCACUGGAGUGGGACUUUGCUGUUACGCUGAGGACCAAGAUCCAGUUCCUGGACAGCUCCUGGCAGACCAUAGCCACCGCCGCCCACGAGUUCGACGAACUGUCCGCCCUCACAUUCGAUGAGUCCGAGGAACUGAUUUACUUCAACGAUCGCCAGCACCAGAACGGCAGCAUCUUCUCGCUCCGGAGGGACGCCUAUGCUGCCUCCCAUGUGGCCCAGCAGGCCAUCCAGCGGACGGGUAACGAGUCGGUGGGUGGACUGGCGUACGAUCCCCUCAACAGGAACCUCUUCUGGUCGGACACGCUGCAGCGCAAGAUCUUCUUCGCCUCCAUCGACAGUCCACCCAGUCAGCCGCCAAAGGUUCUGGUGGAUCUCAGCCAGGAGGGAGCACGACCAGAGGGAGUGGCGGUGGAUAUCUGCCGCCGGAAGUUGUACUGGACCAACUCCAACAUAACCCAUCCCACUGUCGAGCGGAUCGAUGUGGAUGGCAGCAAUAGAGUGAUCAUCGCGGACUCGGACAUCGAUAUGCCGAAGGGGAUUGUGGUGGACCAGCUGUCGGAUCGCCUCUUCUGGAUAGACGACCUAAAGGGUGUGUUCUUUGCGGUGAUGAGCUCCAACCUGGACGGCUCUGAUCGGCAGGUGGUGCUGAAGGACAAGCACCACGAGCCCCAGAACCUGGCAUUGACCAAUGACGCCAUUUUCUGGACAGACAGGACCACCAAGGCGGUAUGGAGUCAUCCGAAAAGGGCUGCCGUUAAAGCCACCACCACUGUCCGGCCAGAGGUGGAAAGUUCCACGGACGGCACUGAAUCCGAGUCGAAGCAAGAAAGCGAACCCGUCGAGGACUGCCCCUUGGUACGUGUGGCCAAUCUCAGCGAGGAGGCCAGAGGCAUCGUGGCACGCACUGGUUUCUAUCAGCGUCUCCAGAAGGACGCCCACUGCUCGAGUAUUGUGCGCAAGAUAAAGCUCCGUCUGGACGAGAUGAGCGAGAAGAAGGAGGUACGCAGCUUGGUGGACGAGCGGAUGGAUCAGCUGGAGCGGGAUCACUGCAUGAACGGUGGUAGCUAUAUUUCAAAGAGGGAUCUUUGCAUAUGUCCAGCCGGUUUCAAGGGAUCCCGGUGCGAGAUUCGCGAGUGCCACAACUACUGUGUUCACGGCACCUGCCAGAUGUCCGACCUGGCCUACCCCAAGUGCUACUGCCAGCCGGGCUUCACCGGCGAACGCUGCGAGGUGAGCAAUUGCGCCGGUUUGUGCCUCAACGGGGGACACUGCCGCCUGGGCGAGACGGAAAAGGACCAACCCAGUUGCGAGUGCCCCGCCAACUUUGCCGGCGAGCGUUGCGAGCAGAACUCCACUCAGAUUUGCUCUCUCUUCUGUCGUCUCCUGAAGCACGAGCCGGAGAUCCAUGUGCCCUUCGGCUGUCAUGACAUAUGCGAAGAACUGGCUCUGGACAACAGCACCAACAUUGCCAUUCCCCAGUACCAGCACCUGGAAGUGUGCCAGACCCCAUUCGUGUGGACCAGCAGUGUCAUCAUCAUCCUGGUCGUGGGAAUUGUAUUCAGUCUUCUGCUGAUCACAACUAUUAUCCAUGGAAUCCGGCGCCUUUAUAAGCCAAAGAGACCCCGUAUCAGGAAGACGUUCGUGGUGCGCAAGCAGCCUAGGACCAACUCCGCCGGAGACACACCUCUCACCAACCGCCCCAUGACCGCCGAGCAGUGCGAGAUUACGAUAGAGAACUGUUGUAACAUGAACAUUUGCGAAACGCCCUGUUUCGAUCCUAAGCUUGUGGAGCAGACACUGGCCAAGUCCAGUUGUAAGGAGGACAAGAAGAUACUCAUCCACAACAUGGAGGAUGACCUGUACUAGGGAAGCGUGGAGCGUGGAAGAUCAGCUGCCCCAAAAAAAGAAACAAAUAAGAAAUAACUUAACUGAACCUUGUGAUAGUCGUCGUCGUCGAGUGCGGAUUGGUAUUCGAGCUUGAAAAGCUGCUGCCCGCCCGGCCCUCGACCCCGUUAGCCGCCAAGGUGCGCCGCCCAGGCAACCAGAACACUACUAGAACACUUAUAUAGAAAGGAGACACAUGCAACAAAGCACCUGCAACAACACUGAAAUGCCUGGGACACACUUAACACUCGCCAAAACCAUUUACUUAAACCGAAGCAACAUCUGUGUACUUAGCGAUCCCUGGGAGCCUGCUUCGGUCUCGUUAAUUUAUUUAGUAGGAUUAUUUUCAUCCCAGGGUUUUUAGGAAUUUUUAGCUCAAAGCUCUAUCUAAUUUUUUACACACACAGUCUUUUUUAUUUCUCCUCCAUAUCGUUUUUAUUUGGUUAGAUUUUUAUUUUGAAUUCGCAAUGUGAAAAAUGAAAAGCAAGUCGCCAGACUGACAUUAGCUUUAAACUUACAAACGGAGUACGCACGGGUACGGAUACCAAGGGCCUUUGUGAUUUAAAAAGUCUAAGCUGUUAAAAACAAAAACAAUUUUAGCAAAAUUGAGUCACUUACAGGUUUCUCCCUCCCCUCCCAAUCAAUCUAUAUCUAAAAUAUGUUCAGUCUCCCCACUUAUUUCAGCCAUAACUUGCCCAUGAUCACCUGAUCACGUACGCAAUUACUUAAGAAAAGUAUGUAAAAAAGACCCAAAAAGCUAAAAAAAAGGGGAAACUCUCCAGGAACGAUCGAGAGUUGUAAAUAUUAAUGCAUAGUUUAAUUUUAGUGGUAGUCCUUAAGAAAAGGGUCAAUAAAAAGAAACUAAAUGCAAUUUUAA